AUGUUUACCACCAACGCCACAUCUAACUACUUUGACAGCUUCCACUUCAUAUCAUUGGUCCAUCAAGAAAGAUAUUCGAUGUUUCUGACGAACCAAAAGAUUGUGUCAGAAAUAAAUUUCCAGCUGGAAGGGGACAGGUUCUCAGUAAUUCAAGCAACAAUAGUGUCGAGAGGAUGGGUGAAAUUGACAUCAUUUGCAAAAGUGGCUAGUAAAACAUUACCUAAAGAGUUCUUUGCAAAUGCAUACCAGGAUCCUGCCAAAGAAAAUGGUAAUAAUAAGAAUGAUCGCAUUCAAUACACUAGUUUUGCAAGAGGGAAGAAGGUUCCAUUUGAUGAUAAAAUUAUCAAUCGGUUGUUUGGGCUUGAGAACUAUGAGCACUGUUCUUUUGAAGCAAGAGUGGCCAAGGGCUCUAACAUAGUUCCUCGAGAGGUUUUAAGUACCCUGUGCAGGCCCGAGGUCAAUCACAUCAGGAACGAAGAUGGAACGUCUAGAAAUCAAAUAUGCUCUUCUGACCUGACACCCAUUGCUAAAGCAUGGAUAAAAUUUAUUUCUCAUACGUUGCUUCCAUGUUCAAAUGUGACAGUCUUGAGCAAUAAGAAACUAGCCUUGCUAAUUGCAAUCCUUAACGGUGAGCCUGUCAAUGUUGGCCGUCUCCUAGCAAAUAAUCUUUUGGUCACAGCAAACUGUUCUUCUCCCACAAGCUGCAUCAUCCAUGCAUCAUUGAUCAGCAAGCUCUGUGAAAGGGCGGGGGUGUACCCUGAAAUGAAUGAAGAUAUUGUGAAGCCAUACUCGCUGAAACUCCAUUAG